AUGAGUGCAUACGCGAUGCUCGACGCCCGGCAGACUGUCGUCAACGCGAACGAGCUGCCUCCCGGUUGGGUCAUUCAGAAUGGUCGUGCUAUUCCAUGGUGGUAUAGUCGGACAGGAGUCAUCGUCAAGUGGUCCGUCUUUCUAGGCUUCACGACCCUCUUCGCCGCUUUCCUUAUCAUUGGUUACAUCCACGGCAAGAGGAGGCUGAAGAAGGGUCUCCUGCCCCUGGGUUACCACCGCUGGCUCUUCAGCAGGGCCCAGCUCGCCCGUGUCGACAGCCGUUACGCCUGGCCGCAAGCGACGUACAACAACUACCGCCCGGACUACUACAACCAGCAGCAGGGCGGCUACUACGGAAUGCAGGGCAUGCCGCCGCCGACAUACGACCCCAACGCCGCAAGACCGCCCAUGUAUGCACCCCCCGAUGGAGGAUCCAAGGUCGACCCCUCGCAGGAGUACGGCGUCACCCCGCCUGCCGGCCCCCCUCCGCCGCCGGCUGCUGUCGCGGCCAAUCAUACCGGCCAGACGUACCCUUACAGAGCGCAGUGA